CAAAAAAGCUAAUAAUCCAACUCUAGUCUAUCUUUCUAAUUUAAAAAAUCAAUAUCAUUAUAGAUCUAUUUCUGUUGAACUUCUUGACAGUGAUAUUUAUGAGGAUAAUACUGUAGUGAUAGUAACUGAUAAUGGUUACCAAUAUGAUUAUUUUAGUAAAUGCUUUACUACAAUACUAUCUAGUAUUACAAAGAAGCAGAAAAGCCAAAGAUAUAAUCAAUUUCAGAGAGUCGAUGAUAUUAUUAUUUCAAACACUUUUGAAGAAGAAUCUGAUCAACAAGUUAAUCCAUCUAGUGAUUUAUCUAAUAGUAAAAAAGGUUCUUAUAACUUAAAUGAUGAUGAGGGCCUUCAAACGAUUGAUUUAAAUAAUAUUAAUCUAGAUUUAGAAGACUAUGUUGAUAAUUUAUUUAUAGCUUUUGAUUCUUUUAACUUUAACUAUAAUUCAAAUCAAAAAAUUUCUACAAGCAUGAAUGAUAAUUUAUAG